CUGAUACCGGCGUAUAUUCGCAUAUGAAAGUUUAAAACAAUCAGCUGUUUUAUUAAUACUACCUUAUAGUUAGUAUACCUUGGUACAUUCAUUAUAAUUAAAUUCGCUUUGGUAUUUAUUAUUGUUAGUUUUUUGCGGGUUUUGUUAACAAAUUUAUACAUUUCUAUUCUAUUUUUGCAACAAAAAAAAAAAAAAGAAAUUAAAAAGACAAUUCAUAUUUAAUAACAAUGGCUUCUUUAGAACCAUUUGUUUUAAGAAUUAAACCAGCCAUGGAUGCAUUCUUAAGAAAUGCUACCAAGCAAAAUUUAAAUAAAUUGGAAAACGAAUUGGCCCAAUUCAACUGGAUACAUAUGAGUAUAUUUAAUAUACAAAUUCUAGUGCCUUUAGUUUUAAAACUGGAAGAGUUAAGCAACGAUAACCAGGAUUUACGAACGGGUUGUUUACAAUGCAUUACAUUGGUUACUUCAAAAGUAUAUUUAAAGGAAUUGACUGCCCUACGAACUAUGCUUGUAGUGGUACUUAAACAAGUGCGUGAAUGUGAUAAAGCAACUACCAAAACAAAUUUAAGCGAAGAAAUCAAAUUGGCCAGUGUCCAAUGUAUAGCGGAAUGUUUUAGGCGUUCGACAUCAGAUGUAUUGGAACAAUUUUAUACUAAGGAUUCUGCCAUGAUAUUGGGACAAAUAUUGUUGACUUUAGUUGAGUUCGUGGAAAGAGAAAAAUACAAAAAAUUGGUCCUGUCUUCUUUGGAAUGUUUAAUGAUCGUAUUUUAUGUGCAUGAUGAAGCCGAUCGUAUGGAUGUUGUUUUGCGAAAUCAAGUUGCCAAUACAAUAUUUAUUUUCCUACCAAAAAUUGUUACCGUCUUAUAUCAAAUUGCUGUAGGAGAUGAAACUAUUGGAGAAACUAUUAAGAUUUCUUCUGUCAAAGCUUUAGGUCGUAUAUUGUGUGUUAUUUACGAAGAAACUACGGAAAACCUAAUACAUGCAAAAUAUGAUGCCGGUGCAUUUAAGAGAUUACUCAAUGAAAGUCUGUCGUAUACUAAUGAUACCAAUGAUAAUGAUGUGCUUGCUAUUAAGAAGAAUCGCGAACAGUUAGAACAACGUAUGAAACAAUUACAAGGUGAUGGACGUACUCAACAGUGGAUACAAGCUACUUCGAAAAAAUUGCGCAUCAUUUUUACACAAACAAGUAAAUUGAGAUCCCAUACUUCAACCAAAAUACGCAAAGAAUAUGCCGAAAUGUGUUGUCUGCUUAUGGAAACAUGUUCGCACAAUCUCAAGGAGAACUUUGUGUUCAUGCUAGAAACUGUUGUAGCUCUCACUGAAGAUGAAGAUGUACAUAUACGUAAUAUUUGCUGUAAAUGUGUAGAUAAAUUGCAAAAUAAUCACAGUAAUGAAGGAAUAUUUGAUGAAAAUUCUGAACUAUUGUUGGAUGAACAUCUAACAAAACUACCAAGAAUUAUAGCACGCUGUGAUGAUACGGAACAGUAUACAGAAUUUACUUUUCUUAAAGGAUUCCUCAAUUCCUUAAGUUCCAAAAAAUUACAAUUGUUACUAUCAAUUCCCCAUAAUUUGGAAAUAUUUUGUAUGUGUUUAUUAUUGGCCUUAGACUUACAAACAACCUCUGAAUUACUAAUAGAAGGGUAUUCGUUGCGGGAAAUGGAUGUAGAAGGUGAUUAUUUAGAAAGUAGCAAGUUUCCAUGGCGUAAAUUUAAAAAUUUAAACUCUGAGCGUUGCGUCAAGUGCUUACAUGAAAUCUGUUGUGUUUUGGGUACAACACCGGUAUUAAAUCGCAUUAUAGUCGAAUAUCUUUUGGAAAUGUUGCAGCUGCAAAAUGAGGCUAUGAAUGAAAUUCUUUUAAUAUUAUUAUGGUUGACCACAGCUAGAGAAAAGAAUAAACAAUUUCAAUGUAAAGAUUUAAAUUUAGUCAAACAAUUACUCGAUGAAUUAUUAGAUGAUAAACAUUGGCACUUGUCCUUAGAACCAGAUAAUGUAACACAACUUAAAGUGAAUAGGCAUACAGAUUGGUUUAUUGAUCGUACUCCAGGGCUUUAUGAAUCUGCUGUUGAAAUCAGAACCCAGGAUUGUGAUUCGGAUGAUGAAACGGUAACUGAAGAUUUAAUCCAAAAACACCAAAAUGUCACUAUCAAUGAUGCAGAAUUUAAUGUAUUACAUACCUGUAUUGUGCUGGAUUGUUUGGGUCACUGUGCGUUGUAUGUUGGAGAACGGUUUGAUGGUUUCAUUUUUCAAACAUUGCACAAAGUUUUAUUAAAACUUGCUCAUAGCAAUUCUAUGGUAUAUAAAGCCUCUAACUUUGCGCUAGUAUCAAUACAAAAUGCUCUAAGGUUUAAUAAAGCGAUACAGUUAAUAGAGAGUCAUAUUGAUUAUAUAACAUAUCAUUUAAAUAUGUUAUUGAAAAAGACACCCGAAUGCAAAUCGGCUGUAGAUAUUCUUUCGGUAGUUUUACAAUUUUCCUCUCGCAAUAACCUGCCCCAUUUGGAAGUAAUUUUUGAAACUAUUUAUAAUGAAUGCUCUAAACAAUGUGAAACUGAUAAUGUAAUUUCUUAUUUGAAAGUAUUUAAUGCAUUUUUAAAACAUCUAACUUCGUGGCUGUUAUCAUGUAAUUACGAAAUUAAUGAUAGACAAGCCAUGUAUGUCGACGAUGAUUGUGAUAAUGAAAAUGACUUAUUAAAUUCCUGGCUUGAAAUUUUAAAUACUCCUAAAACAUUUUGUGAUUCUGAGCAGGAUGUAACUAUGAAAUGCAAUUCGAAUACUAAUCAAAGUUGUGAUAACAAUACAGAAGAAGACAAUGUAGUCGAUAAUGAUCCACAAUUACCAAGACAUAUUCUAAUGAUUAAAACAAUAUUACAGCAAGUUAUAAAAUUUUUAACUUCGUCCGAGUUGCAAUUACAAAUUUUAUCAUUGGAAUGUUUAACAUGCGGCAUACCAUUAUUGCGUGGCUAUGAUAAUGAGUUACUGCCUUUAAUACACCUAACUUGGUCACCACUAGUAGAGAAAUUUCGCCAGAAAAAUGCUCUAGUUUUAAAUCGCUGCUUUUCAUUGUUAGAAAUUUUGGCCACCUAUGGCAAAGAUUUUAUCACAAAAAGAAGUUUAGAUGAUGUCAUGCCAUUCCUUAAGAAUUUCCUUCAACAAGCAGCAGUACAUUCGGCCAAAGAAACAAUUACCGUCCAAACUCAAGAAUACAAAUUACAGCUAAAACUAUUGGAAGCGUUUCCUAAUCUUAUUAAAUGUCUUGAUUUGGACGGUAAGCAUUUAAAUGAUAUUUCUGAAAUAAUUUCAAUUUAUUUAUCAAAAGAACAACCUAAAGAUUUGCAAAUCCAAGCCAUAGAGUACUUUAGAGUACUACGUCAUUACAAUGGUCCCUUGAUUUACUUAAUAGUCAUUAAGAAAUCCCAUUUAAAAAUGUUUCAAGAUAAUAUAAGAACAAUUAUAGAAUCAUUUAAUAAACCUACGCAAUAAAUUUCACAAACAA